AUGAAUUUGCGUGCAACGGUUUCUUGUCAGAUGCCUAACCAAGCUGUACCUCAGCUACCCAGUCUCUCCCCAUAGUACGUUAGCACUUUAUCGCCAGGGAUGCAAAGCACAGGAGCGGUCAGCAAUAUGGAUCCUGAGAUGGCAGCACACCGAAAGUUAAUGUGUGAUAAAAUGUAAGUUUCCUUGUUCCUGAAUAUCUGGUCUCCAUUUAUUUAUCAAAUUAGUGUCAAUUCCCCCGUCUCAAAUUGCAUUCAUGACCUGUGCAGAAAGGACACACUUUAUUUUGAGGCGUGGAUUAAUCUCUGUGCAGGGUUAUAUUUAAAGCAUUUAAUUUGAUUGAAAAAAAUCCUUUCUGAAAUUAUAGGCACAGUUGCUUGUAAUUGCCAACAUUUCAUAAGUCUAAAAAUAUUUCUAAUUUGGUGAAUUUGUGCAAAACCAUGUAAAAAGAACUGGAUAUCAGUUGUUCUAGAGGACUGCAAUUAAGCUACAUAGUCUUUUAUUGAUCUAUCUGUUUUGCAAUGCUUCGAAACACAUAAUUAUCGCGAAUUCUCUUGCAUAUUAGACAUGAAACUGGAAUUAAUUAUGUACACUACACAGAAAACAGUCUAAAAGGGGUAAGAUAAGACGAGCAUUUGCCUAGUUCCAUGUCAUGUAUCUGCUAUUAUGGAAGUGACAGUCUCAUGCAAACUUUAGCCUAUUCUUUUAGUUCCAUGUCAUGUAUCUGCUAUCAUAAAUUCACAUGGCAGCUGGUUGAUGUCAACAUAAUUCAACAUCAAAGUAAGCAGAACAUGAAACGGUGUGGGUGAGUGCAGAUUGAUAUUUUUGCCCUAUUUUGGUUAGCCUGUUGUUUCAUGUUAUUCUUGCUUGUCUCGUAAUGUAAGUUGAAUCGUUCACGUUUCAGUUCUUCUCAUGUAGUACAUAUCCUAUGACCCUUAAGUAUAUUACUUUGAGCUCACAGUAAUGUCUUUCUAUGCUCUCUUUGCUGUGUUUUGUUGUUUCCAAGUCAACAUAUCAUUUCCAUAUCAUUUUUUUGUGCCCCAUCUACCUGCAGUCAUAGUAACUGACAGCAAAACAGGCCAGUAUUGGGUCGACGCAAUUCCAUACACCUAGUAAUAUGCAUGGCAUGUACAUGUUUUCUUCUCUUUUUAUCCUAAUACUAUACCUCUUGUAUAUUUCUCUAUCUCUUGAUAAGUGACCAAUAAACAUGCAUGAUUUGUGCUGUAUACCCAAUAUUUUUUAGCUUUUUCAUAUCAUUUCACCUGUGGCUUGUUCAUUUAAUUAAGAAGUUGUAGGCAAUUUGGUUGUUUUUGAGAAAUCUAACACUUUCUAGUGCAAGGAUGGGCAUCUACUGAAAUGUAUGUGUAGAAAAUGGAGAGAAACUUCUAUCACAGAGGACAAAGGAGAGAACGAUGGAAAUCGCUUCAGUUUCCAUUCAACUCUUAUAUCCCUUUAUAUAGGGAGGAGCCUUAGACAAAUUUUCAAAAACACUCUCAGUCUUUUACAUUGUUUUCUUACGACGUAGGAAUUCCAACACUCCCCCUCAAGAUGAAUUUUUGAGAAGUUCAUUUUGACUAAGUUGUUCACAAGCAUUCACUUGUUGGUGAUGACGAUGAUCCAUUGUGGCAGCAACUCUCCUUGUGAUGAUUGUCAAAGAUGACCACUGCCAAGGUUGUGGAUUCGCCGACACCUUUGGCUCGUCUAAUGGUUGUUACACCCUGAUCAUAGGGGAAUGAUGCUUUUUGACACUGCCUGAGAUGUUGUCAAAUUGCGUGGACUGUGGGAGAUUCUAGUAGCCGGACUAGGGAAGAUGUCGAACUGAGGACAGAGGACGACACUGGACUGAGACAAUACCUGAAAGGUGACUACAUAGGGAUGACAUUGGAAAGAUACUCAGCAGAGGUGGAAGGCCUCACUGGAAAGCAACACGGCUGGAGGUAGAAACUCUCGCCUGAAAAAUACUUGGUAGAGGUGGAAGGCCUCACUAGAAAGCUACUUGGCAGCGAAAAGCCUCUUUGAAAAGUUACUCAGCAGAGGCGGAAGGCCUCACUGGAAGGUAGCAUGAUGCCAAUAGCAGCAUGCUGGCAGAUGGGGGCAGAGGAUGUCGGCGACAACGGCAGAUGGGGGACACCAAAUACUGCCAGACUUUGGUGGUGGCGGUGAUGGUGCUCCCUCAGAGAAGAGAUGCUGGGCAGAGAUGACGCCUACCAGAGGUGGCAGCAGCAGCAGCACUCCCCCAGACAAGAGACAUUGGACAAAGCUGAUGCCAAAUAGAGGUGACAGCAGUGGUGCUCCCCCAGACAGGAGAUGCUAGACAAAGCCGAUGAAACCCAAGCGGAAUGAACCCACUCUGAUACCAUAUAGAAAAUGUAGAGAAACCUUUGUCACAGAGGACAGGGGAAAACGGCAGAAACCACCUCACUUUCCAUUCAACUUUUAGACCCCUUAAUAUAGGGAGGAACCCUAGAAUUUUUUUCAUAAGCACCCUCAGUCUUUUACAUUACUUUCUAAUGACCUAGAACUUCCAACUGCAUCUUACGGAAUGAUGAUUCGUUUGUCAUUAUUGAUGGGUAGCAGUUGCAAGAAUAUUGGGCCUCGAUAUUUAUUGGGAUAACUUUUCCUGCAGUUUGGCGCGGAGUCCUUAAAUGUGCCCUAUCAGUUAUUCUUGACUAGUACAGGCUUUGAUUUUAUUUUUUUAAUGUGAAAUGCUUUUCUCUUAGUUUAUUACCAUUUCUCUCGGGUAGUCAUCAUCUGGGGAUAUUAUGGAGAUUCGGUUUCUUUCACUGUUUUUAAAAUAAGAAAACCUUAUUUCUUAUUUUGGGAAAUGAAAAGAGACUGAGUCACUGGUUGGUUCCUUUCCUUUUUUUCCAUGGGUUGACUACGGAUUUUGAUGCGGCUGCGGUACAUAAAAUUAUGUUGUGGAUGGUUUUUCCAUGGUUGCUUAAAGAGUGCUGGGUAAAACGUUUUGUUUCAUACUCCUGUUUCAUUUCAUUAUUUUGGUGAGAAUUGUACCUGACAAUUUCACCAAAUCAAUCUGUUAAUGUAAAUCCAGUUCAUUCAAAGAAAACAACCAUUUCUGCUUCCGGAAGCAGUUCCUGCUAUUCAAAUGUUUGAAUUUCAUUGCUUUGUGCUAAGGAUUUCUUUGUCAACUAUUCGAAUUCUGUUAAUAAUCUUUUUCAUUUUAUUGAAGUAGCAAGUAAAAAUUAGCAGGAUAGUAAUUUUUUUAGUCUGUCUUCUGUAAGUAGUUUCUAUUUAAGACAAUUGUAAUAUUCUUUAUUUUUUCUUUGAUCGGGUAACUUGUGAAAAUUUAUGUUUCUGUAGAAUGUUGUAAGGUCCGUAUGGUCCAUCAAAAGGCAGCAUCAUCUAAUCAUUUUGUUGCUUUGCAGCACGCAGAUCUUCCAUCAGAAGCGCGCAAGUCUCAGUGCUGAAUUUCUCCAGAGGCUGCCAGAUAUUGUGAGGCGGUUGGAACAUGGACUAUAUAGGGCAGCUGCCACAAAGGUUUAUAUUUUCGAUUCCUUUUUUGGUGAAAUUAUUUUACCAUCAGAGGAUAAUUACUUAUAUGACAUCCUUUUUUAACUUGUAUCCUAAGAAACUUGGAACUUUUCCAGUAUACCGAACCGUCUCAUUUAUUUUCAGUUUAUUGAAGACUAUUUCUAUCAACUUGUUCAGAUUUUUUUACUCAGUUUUUACAGUUUCUGCCUCGUUUAUUCAAUGAAAACUACUUUUUUAUCUGAAGGUGGAUUUUUUAUUUCGUUUUUUCUUUCUUUUUGUUUUAGUGAUUCCUGUUUCCAUCUCACGUUUUGUCUUGUAUUUUGGGUUCAGGAUGAUUAUCUGAACAUGGAUACUUUGGAGGGGCGUUUACAUGCUGUGUUUAGGAGUUUCUCCAGCCACAACCAACCUCCACGUGUAUCAUCUUCCUCAUCUGUGAAUACAAUGAUACCCACACCGGGCAUGUCGCACAACAGUGGAUCAAAAUCAUCUGUAACUAGUUACCUGGGCAAUGCCACGUCUAAUUCUAAUGGUUCUGGUAACAUAACAGCAACUUCUGCCAUCAUGGGCAAUGUGAUGCCCUCUGCAAAUGGUAUGACUGACGGUGCAUUUUUUAUCCUUUUCUCUUACAGUUACCAUUCCCAGCACAGAUCUUUUCAUUACUUCUAUGAUGACUUUCCUUUUGAGCACAAUAUUUUGUACUGUCUCCCACAGGUUCAUUACCUACAGGGUACCAACAGGCUCCUGUAAAUGUGUCUCCAAUGUUCAGUCAGACCAACACAAUGCCAUCAAUUGGUGCACCACAGCUCUCAACUCAGCUGAUGCCUACUCCUGGGUUAACUGUUCGUCAAUCUUUUCCCAUGAAUUCUGAAUAUAAAAGUGGGGAUAGAAUUUCUAGUGGUGAAUCAACUAUUUUAACACAACAGCAGCAGGAUCAACUACAACAUCAAAGACAGGGUCUCCAUAAUCAAAAUAGUAGCAUGUUGCAUGGCCUUGGAUCCUAUGUUGGAGUUAGUUCAAGAUCUGGUGUGCAUCAGAGUCCUCACAGAUUCUCAAAUGGAGCUGUUAAUAGUGGAGGAGUGCAAUUAAUUGGUAACAGUGCACAGGUCAUGAAUGGACCUGCAGUGUCUGAAGGCCUUAUAAAUGCAACGUUGUCUCAAAGGGCUGUGCAGAACCAUAUAGAGCCUCAUCAACAGCCAAUCAUCUCAGGUAAAUAAUAUUUUUAACUUUCCCACCAUCACUUGGAGUGUUUUCUGGCUCGGGAUGAUUCACAUUAUGCGAGAACUAUUCAUAAUUUGAUGGAAGCUAUUGGAUAAACUUUUUUAUGCAGUGUCAUCAUCCCAAAAAUUGGCUGGGGAUGGAUAUGGGAUGAAUACAGGUGGUCUGUCAGGAGAUGGGAUUUAUGAUCAGGUGACUGCUGUUGGAUCUAUAAUGAGUAAUCAAAGCAUAAAUUCUAUGACUUUGCAGCCUAAAUCAAAAAUGUACCCUUCUCUGCAAGGCCAUCAAUCAAAUUUUCCCCUAAUGCAGGAGUUGUCGCAUGCUAAGACAAAUUUCGAUUCAGUCCAUUCUACCGUAGACCAUUUAAAAUCUCAACAGAAAAUGCAAACAUUUCGACAACAUCAGCAGUUUCAGCAACAACCUAACCAGGCCUAUGAACAGUUUGCACAGCUUCAGCAAAAGCAAAGUCAGCAAAAUCAACCACUCAUGUUGAAGAAUGUUUCACCAAGCCAUUCAUCUCGGACAACCAGCUUUGGGGGCCAAAUUUCAAGUGGUCAUGGAACUGAUGAUUGCCCUGAACCUUUACUUCCACAACCACCUGUACAAAACCUUUCGGAUUUUCACAGUCAAUUCGAGCCAAAUAUCACGUCUGAAAGUCAUUCUGAGGAGAGGUUUAAACAUUUUUCAGAGGAUCCAGAAUUUAAGUCGAAUUUUUCACAGGGAUUGCAGCAGAUGCAGCAAAUCUUGAAUCUGCAGAAUCAGGGUCAUGAAUCACAAAGUGAACUUAAUUUUUUGUCUGCUGUAUCGAAGCCUGAGUCGUUUCUGCAGAGUCAGUGGCAUACUCGUCCUCUCCAGAAAUCUGAAUCGCUCAACAUGUCAUCAGAUGAGCAGCAUUUUCACAAGGAUUUUCAACAAAGGAUUACAGGACAGGAUGACGCUCAGCGACCUCAUGGUUCUGUGGAAGGAACUGUCACUGGAUGCGCUGAUGCUAAUUCUGGCGAGGUAGGAAUGAAGUUAACAAGUGGAAGGGAUAGGAAACCUAGAAGUUUAUUGCGUGAACGACAAUACUUCAAUCAACAGAGGUGGCUCCUAUUUUUACGUCAUGCUCGUCGAUGUCCAGCUCCAAAAGGCAAAUGCCCAGAAGUUAACUGCUUAACAGUACAACAAUUAGUUGCACAUAUGGGGGGCUGUAAAGGGCAUCAAUGUGGGUAUCCUCGUUGUCAUCAAUCAAAGGCCCUUGUUAAGCAUUAUUGUAGCUGCCGUGCUGGAGAUUGCCCCGUUUGCGUUCCUGUUCGCGUUUACAUAUCAAAACAACGAAAGAUAACUGCUCACCCUUCAACUGUAGCUGAUUGUGCAGAUCCAAUGCAUGCUUCUCAGAAAACUAUCAAUGGUCCUUGUCCUGAUGGACCAAUUAAAAACAAAGUCAUGCAAGCUAUUGAAACUUCUGAAGAUAUUCAGUCUUCUUUUAAACGCAUUAAGGUAGAUUAUCCCUCCUCCUUAAUGAUCCAGGGUGAAAGUCAGCUGAUUUCUGGUUCCCAAAUGAACCCAUCCCAUUCUUCAGAGGAUGUACUAGGCCAAGGGCAUCAACCAGCAGAGUUAAGCUUGACCUCUAAGUCGGAGACUGUGGAAAUGAAGACAGAAUCAAGUGUACUUUCUGGAUUAGAUAAUGUUCAGAGUUUCACCCACGUUAAUAUGGAUGAUACCAUGGAUAUCUACUCUACCAAGCCUGACCCUCGAACUUCACUUUUAAACGAAGAUGAUACCGAUCCUAAAACAGAAAGAAUGCAAAUUGAUGAACAGACUGUGCGAGACGUGGUGAAAAUUAAACAUGAAACAAGUGCUCCAGGUGAUUCUGUUGCUGGUACAAAAUCAGGGAAACCAAAGAUAAAAGGUGUAUCAUUAACUGAAUUGUUCACCCCUGAGCAAAUCAGGGACCAUAUUGUUAGUCUCAGACAAUGGGUUGGCCAGGUUAGUUCAUGAGCUUUAAUUUUCUCUCUUUUGUUCCUCUCUCUGUCAUUUUUCGUCUUCAUUUAUCUUAUCUAGUGAAGAAAGGAAUAGAUGUCUAUUGACAUGGGUACUCGCUCAUUGGAAUGAGGUUGAAUAUUCCCUUUUUUAUUUUUCUGACUGUGCGUGUGUUCAGAAUGGGAAAAUAACUUGUUACAUUUAUUUUAUACAAUUCUGAUGUUUUGAUAAGCUUGUGAACAUAUUCUAGUGUGAAUGUGCAUUAAAAUUCAUGUUGUUACUAUAGAGGCUUAUGUGACGAUUGUCUUACCACAAGAUCUGUAGUCUACAAGCUGCCUUUGCAUUCGUUAUAUAUGCAGGACAUUGAACCUGUUCUUCCUAUUAUUUGCUAAUUUUUAUCUAGUUAUCCUUUUCAGUUGAAAGUUGAUAGGUAUAAUGCCGCUAAUUUUGUUUGCCUAGUUAGAAUCAUUAUCAUGACAUGGAGACAGCUCUGUAGCUUAAUGGAAAAUUUGAACCAGAUUUAGAUUGAGCACCCACCCCCUUGCCCAAGUCUCUGGUGAGUUCGGGCUUGAAGUGGGAUGGCGUAUUUCAGAUUGUAUGAUUUCGUUUUUGUAUUCAGGAUUGGAAAUACCAUCCUCUCAUUGUAAGCAUCUCUCCGUAAAUGGUGGUCAACUUAACAGCAAAUAGAAUGCUCAUCUUUUUCUAAUUUGAUGGUUGAUAUGACUGGACAUUUUUGUUUUAAAAGCUUUUUUGUCAUUAUAUUUCUUCUGCAGAGUAAAGCAAAGGCUGAGAAAAAUCAAGCUAUUCAACGCUCUAUGAGUGAAAAUUCUUGCCAAUUAUGUGCAGUAGAAAAACUCACUUUUGAACCACCUCCUAUAUAUUGUUCACCUUGCGGUGCUCGAAUUAAGCGAAAUGCACCUUAUUACACUAUUGGUAUGGGUGAUACUCGCCAUUUUUUUUGCACUCAUUGUUAUAACGAGACUCGUGGUGACUCGAUUGAGGUGGAGGGGACCUAUCAUCAGAAAACAAAGCUUGAGAAGAAGAAAAAUGAUGAGGAAACUGAAGAAUGGGUGAGUUACUUCUUCUAUAGUUAAUCUUCUUCUUUAGCAUGGUAUAGUCUAGAGUGGGUGUGACUCUUUUCUGAGCAGAACACUUUAUCUUCAAUUUCAAGGGUUUCUAGCUUGGGGAGAGCCAUAAUUACUGUUUAAAGUGUGUUUUGUCACUGCCUAUGGAGUUUACUAUUGUACCUUCUUCCUUCUUCUUUUUUAGUUUGCUAUCGUCGUACCACCCUCUUUAAAGCAGUGUAAAUUUCCAACUGGUUUGUGGAAACCUUUUUCCUGACGUGUUUUUCCCCUUUUGUUUUGCUUGCAGUGGGUUCAAUGCGAUAAAUGUGAAGCAUGGCAACAUCAGAUAUGUGCACUCUUCAAUGGGCGUAGGAAUGAUGGAGAAGCAGAGUACACAUGUCCUAAUUGCUACAUGCAGGAAGUGGAAAGAGGAGAGCGUGCCCCUUUGCCUCCGAAUGCUGUUCUUGGCGCAAAAGAUUUGCCUAGAACAUUGCUUAGUGAUCACAUAGAGCAACGUCUUUUUACACGUCUGAAGCAUGAAAGACAAGAGAGGGCUAGGAGCCUGGGAAAGAAUGUUGAUGAGGUGAUUUUCCUGAAGUAGAAUGAGUGAAAUCUCUUAGCCGUUCAAAUGCUCAUCAAUAGCGUAUGCGACUUAAUUUACGUGGAUUUGAGUCUUCUAAAUUUUGAGUUUAUUGUCAAGAAACAGGAUUAUCAACUAAGUUUCUCCUUCGUUCUAGUACUGUCAUGUGAGCGGCAUCAUGCUAAGUAAAAUCUACAUACUUCUGCCCGUUGUUGUCAACUCAUCACGUUGGCACUCCAAAUAGGAAAAACAGCGAUCUUAUCUUUUAUGAAAAAAAGAUACUAAAAUCAUUUGAUAGCAUAACUUUUCAGUGAGCUAUGGGAGAUGUUGGCCAUAUUCAAUCUUAGUGCACUGUGGAAUUGUAGUUAUUUUUUUAUUUGUCAUAAUAACAAAAAGUAAUGUGAUAUCAUUGUUGGGUGGACUUUCCCUUUUUUCGGGGCACUCUAUUCCUUGUAUUUUGCAGCAGUCGUUGACAUAUUUUCAUUUAUGGAUGUUAUACCAACUUGUUUUUGUUGCUCAGAAGUGCUAAAGAUCAGAGAAAUACAAUAGCGAUUGACAUCCUUAUAUUAUGUUUGAUGUUUCCCCUUCAGGUUCCAGGGGCUGAAGCUCUUGUUGUUAGAGUCGUAUCAUCUGUUGACAAGAAACUGGAAGUAAAGCAACGAUUUUUGGACAUCUUUCAGGAAGAAAAUUACCCAACAGAAUUUCCUUAUAAGUCUAAGGUAUGAAUCAUUUCCUUAUAAGUCCAAGGUAUUGAAUUAUAAUCAGGCAUCCUUUCCUUGAAGUUUUUAAACAGUGGUGCAAUGAAGUAUUACUAAAUAGGCAUUCAAAACUUUAUAAUUGUGAAAUAACAUUGAAUGUCUCGAAUUGUCUUCAGUUGUACUGAUUAUGUUUUCUCCAGGUUGUCCUGUUAUUUCAGAAAAUUGAAGGUGUCGAAGUUUGUCUUUUUGGCAUGUAUGUCCAAGAAUUUGGUUCGGAAUGCUCAUUCCCUAAUCAGCGGCGUGUUUACCUUUCAUAUCUGGACUCUGUCAAGUACUUCAGGCCUGAGAUAAAGACAAUAAAUGGAGAAGCAUUACGUACAGUUGUUUACCAUGAAAUUCUGGUACUAUCAUUUACCUUUUCUAAGAUACACUUCGAUAUUGUAUUUCUCAGACAAGUUCGUCUCUAUGUUAUUUCUACCCCAUUCUUAUUAUGUGAGUUUUACCAUUGCUUGCUGUUUUUACUUUUCAUGUGAGUACUGCUUGUUCCAACUUUAUAUUUUUGCCAUUAGGUCUUAUCUACAACUUUGGUUUUUAAUUGGAAUUCUCAUUUUUCAGAUUGGUUAUCUUGAAUAUUGCAAGAAACGGGGCUUUACUAGUUGCUAUAUAUGGGCUUGCCCUCCUUUGAAAGGUGAAGACUAUAUAUUAUAUUGCCAUCCUGAAAUCCAGAAGACUCCCAAGUCUGAUAAACUUCGAGAAUGGUGAGCCUGAUAACCUUCAAAUCGAUUUUAUCCUCGUAACUCUUCUUUCGUCUUGAGUGUCUUACUAGUUUACGUUGAAUCAAUUUGUUGUCCUAAUUUCAGGUAUCUCUCAAUGUUAAGAAAGGCUAUAAAGGAGAAUAUUGUGGUGGAUCUGACUAAUUUAUACGACCAUUUUUUUAUACAAAUGGGUGAGUGCAAGGCCAAAGUAACUGCUGCUCGGUUGCCAUACUUCGAUGGUGACUACUGGCCUGGUGCUGCGGAGGAUAUGAUCAAUCAACUUCAACAGGAAGAAGAAGAUAGGAAACAACAGAAAAAAGGGAAAACUAAAAAGAUAAUCACCAAAAGGUCUUUGAAGGCUGCUGGUCAAUCUGAUUUGUCUUGCUAUGCCUCAAAGGAUUUUCUAUUGAUGCAAAAAGUAAGUAGCCUGUCUUGUCUAUCAAAAGUGUGUAUUAUCCCAAGUGAAAUUGGUUUUGCAUUCCCACUGAGUAAAUAGCUCCUGGAUAAGAUUAGCUGUCAAGAAGUAGGAUUUGGUAUUUCUGCUGAUUUAUUUUUUUUACCGUACUCUUCUUUUAUUUCAUAUUGAUGAUUCAUCGGGAUUGGCUUGAUUUGUAAUUUUCAUUACUCCCCAUGUUAGUCCUAUCUUUCUUGCAAAAUGCGUAAGCUUACAUAGAACCUUGAAUUUCACAGCUUGGUGAAACCAUCUUCCCAAUGAAAGAGGAUUUCAUCAUGGUCCACUUGCAGCAUACAUGCACUCAUUGUUGCACAUUGAUGGUUUCUGGAGUCCGGUGGGUUUGCAGUCAAUGCAAAAAGUUUCAACUUUGCGACAAGUAAGAACUCUCCCAUCUGUUGUGUGUGUGUGAAUCUGUCGUUAUCUGUUUUGAAAAGUGAACCAGACUGAACUGUUCACUUGUCUUAUCUAUAAACUAGUUCUUGUUGCGUUGGUUUGUUGUCUGGCACGGACCUGCGAGAUCCAUUCAGAAUCAAAGAUUGAGCUUGUUUGGAAUUCCGCCAAUUUGGGUGCUUGGGUGCGAGUUGUUUCAUAUAGGAUCUCUCCAUCUUGAUGGCGACACUGUAUAUUUCAAUCGCUACAGGCCGUCUCAUUUUCAUUAAUAUCAUAUAUGGUCAACAGGGGCGCAAACCCUAGGAGGAUAUGGAGAGGAACAAACUCAGUUCGUAGUCACAUCAUAGAUGACUGUUAUAUGCGAGUACCAGGGCCACAAAAUAAGGAAACGACCUAACAACAAGGAAACCUACAAACUAGGAACCGAGCCAACAAACUAGGAAACUCUCCAGCUAAGAGCCGAACUCCUUAUUAUAUGUUCUUUCCCACAUCAUAUGGUUCAACGUCAGUUGAAGCACCGGCCUAUUAGUUAUGCUGGUUUUCGAACACUGUAUUGUACUUGUCCUUCUUGGUCUGUUCUUUCAUUUGACACUAUUUUAGGCUUCCCGUGCUACUCGGCUGUCAACUUGCUAUUUCCUUACGACUUUGAUACUGGUAGAUGGUGAGAUCGUAGUGACGCCAUAAAUCACAGUCAGUCCUAAAGGAUUUUCGGCUUUUCUCGAAUUUUCCUUUAAACUAGCUUAAAUCAACCAGUGAGCACGUCUAGCAUAUCCUCUAAGUAAAGAUGUGAAAAGCCAGCUUUUCUUUUGUCUUCAGGUUGCAUUGCUUGUAUACUCUUUUCCCGUGUUCAUUCUUGUUAAAAUGUCUUAGAGUAAGAUGAAUCUUGAUGCCUUUAGCUGGCUUGAUAUGAGUUUGCUUUAGAUUGAACUCUGCAUUUAUGGCUCUGCUCCAUCAAAGGUCUUUAUCCCAUGACGAGGUAUACAAUAAUGGGAAGCAGUGUACUUGUUCAAAGUGAGUUGUAAAUUCAUUAGUUGUCUGUAUUUUCUUAACGAUGAAACCCUAUGUAACUCAAUAGUUGAUUAUUUUUCUUCAAUAGGAGCAAUGAAAUGAUGGUUGUGUUUUUGCAUGUGUUUUUAGAAUUUGCCUUUCUUGAUGAAUUUGUCCUCACUGUAAUAUGAAUCUUGGUGAUGUUUAUCUUUUUGCGAUUACAUAUGAAAGACGAGUAUUAUUGUUUGAUUCUUUUGAGAGGUCUCUGACAUCAAUGAACAUCAUACUAGGUGUCACGAUGCAGAAUUAAAACGUGAAGAUAGAGACAGGCAUCCUAGUGGCUCAAGGGAGAAGCAUUUGCUUACUCGAGUGAGUGUUAGUGCAUGCAAGAUACAAGUUGUUUCUUUUGACAUUGUAAGGUAUACUCCUGACCGUAUCAAAUUUCAAAUGUGCCAUCUCUUAGCAGGCUGAAAUAAAUGAUGUGCCAGAAGAUACAAAAGAUAAAGAUGAGAUUUUAGAAAGUGAGUUCUUUGACACUAGACAAGCUUUCCUCAGUCUUUGCCAAGGAAACCAUUAUCAGUACGACACCCUGCGUCGAGCAAAGCAUUCUUCAAUGAUGGUCCUGUAUCACCUCCAUAAUCCAACAGCACCUGCUUUUGUGACAACAUGCAACGUGUGCCAUCGUGACAUUGAAACUGGUCAGGGUUGGCGUUGUGAAGUCUGCCCAGAUUUUGAUGUAUGCAAUAAUUGUUAUCAGAGAAAUGGAGGUGUCGAUCAUCCACAUAGAUUAACGAAUCAUCCAUCAAUGGCUGAUCGUGAUGCACAGAACAAGGAAGCUCGGCAGAAAAGAGUGUUACAGGUAACAGUUGUCGCUGUAUUUUUUUCUUCUACCUGUAUUCUCUUUGUCUUCCCUAUCAUUGUGUGCUUCUUAUGCUAAUCAUGAUGAGUAUCAAUAUCCAACUUUGUGUACCAACCAGACCUACAUAUUUUAUCAAAGCCCAUAUAAGAUACCAUGUAUGCUUCCCCACCCAUCUCCUGUCUCUUCUGUGUUUCUGCAGCUACCUUUUUUUCUGUAAAAGUUUUAAAAGACAUGAUUUGGAAAAAUAUGAUAUAUCAUGUCUUGUUCCGCCAAAAUAAAUUAUUGUGAGUAGAGAUCUAUGCAUUGAUAUUCGAAAUAUGCAUAAAUAAUCCCCAUAAUUAGAGAACGAAUGAAGUGCACUGUCACCGAAUAUAAGAAAAAAAUCCACGCAUGAAAUCAAUGCAGUUUUCUGAAAAAUUCACAAUUGCCCAUCUAUUUUGCGAAAUCUAUCUAAUCAUGAUGUUUGCCCUCAAUUUUUUAAUAUUAACAAAUUUCUGCCGGUCCACAUUUUCUAGAUGGUGCUUGUUGGUCACCAAGGCACUAAACUUUCCUAUAUGCUUUCAUGUCCAAUGUUGAGCCUUCAUAAAUUUCAUCUGUUCACGGUAGCUUGUCCAAAUGAGUGCCUAAUUUCCCCGCUUCUAUAUUAUUAAGUGAUAGUCUGAUCAGAAUGAUGGUCCUGAGUCACACUUGCGUGACUAUUUGUCAGUUUGUUCUUUUCAAAGUGGCCCUCCUGUAGAGCUCUCGUAGGGAUUCCUUAGAUGAAUUUUGGGUAUGUUGUAGAGUAAAUUAUUGAUUGUUCGUGCUGCAAGUACAAUAAGUCAGCCUUUUUAGGGGCAUAAGAUUUUGGGAUUGGAAAACUUCCAUCUCCUUGCCAAUUACAAUGGCACUAGGCAGAGAAGUCCAGGCUGGUAGCCUGCUUUAUGGCUUUGUAGCUUUGCCAAGAUCCCCUAACCAAUACUGCAUUGUAGUAGUGUUGUUACUUCAAACUUCAAAGAAGCGCUAAAUGGAGAGGCCUUCUUUGUGGCUUAACCAACUAUCAUUCAGAACCGCUCGAGACAAACAUUUUAAUUUACGUCUAGAACUGACUGUCCUAUUGUAGGAAACCCAAGCGAUUGAGUACGAGAAUGCUUGAUGCGAAAAAGAUCCCUCCCGUCCUGUGCACAACCUGCCCAGCAGCAUGUUUAACACACUAGUCUGACGCAGCGGAGCAGUACUGUGUCCACCCUUUGCUUCCUUGAUGCUAGGCACUUUGUGGUCUCUUUUGGUCUCCACUGCUGAUUUGAUCCCCAUGCUUUAAAGUGGUUUAGUAUUAAUUGGAUGCAUGACAUUGUAUCUGAAAGUGAUUACUAGGUCAAUUUAGACAUGAAAUUUAAAUGAAAUCGACAAUGACUGCGACUGUUCAUCGACUCAAUUUCACUUCUUGGAUUAAUUCAUUGUGGAAAAAGUCUCUUUUGUAACCGGGGACAUAAAGCAUUUUGCUUUCUGCGAGCUAACCUGUCCGUCAAUCAUUUGGUGCUGCUACAUGUAGUGUCACAGAAACCUGUAUCUCUUACAAUAGAACAUGGGAUGACUGAUCGUGCUGAUUGAUCCAUUUUAUUUAAUUAUUGGAGAAACUGGCAGUUGUUCUAUAAUUUUCCGUUUUCCAAUACUAUUUAUGACGCUGUUUUCCUGGUCUUGGUAGUAAGAGUUCGUGUUUCUACCUCGAAAGAUGUUUCUGUGCCGUUUUCUCAUGUUCAAGUAUGGCUCUGCAGCUUCGGAAGAUGCUUGAUCUUUUGGUGCAUGCCGCUCAGUGUCGGUCACUGCACUGUCAGUAUCCAAACUGCCGUAAAGUCAAGGGAUUGUUCCGUCAUGGCAUAAACUGUAGGACACGCGCUUCAGGGGGCUGUGUACUGUGCAAGAAGAUGUGGUACCUUCUUCAACUCCAUGCAAGAGCCUGCAAAGAAUCGAAUUGUCAUGUGCCACGCUGCAGGUCCGGGAGUGAUUUUAUUAUUCGUGUUACUGUUAAUGUCGGUUUCAGUUUUAAAACUUUUGCCUAUCCAUGGUCGUUUUGACUGCUGCCUUCCGACAGGGAUUUGAGAGAACACUUGAGGAGAUUGCAGCAGCAGUCUGACUCUAGGCGGAGGGCUGCGGUGAUGGAGAUGAUGAGACAGAGAACUGCGGAAGUUUCGGGGAAUGCGUGA